UUGCGGCACAUUUUCCCAGAUGUUGAGGAAGUGUCUCGCAGUUGAAGACGCUCAGGACUACAGAGGUGGACUGGUCCGGCUGGGAUGUCUGCGCAAUGGAAGCUGACUGAAACGAAUUGGGAGUUAAAUAUUUUUUUGCUGUGUAUUUAAAGCCUGGCUCCGUGGGGUUACUGUGUUUCUCAGCUUGUCUCCUCUCCUUAAAGACUCUGUCAAAGUGUUUCCUUAACAACAGCAAAUAUUGACCCUAGUCUCUGUCCGUCACCUCCACCUUCAUCGGAUUACAUUCUGCUUUUAAGCAGAAUUUCAUCUUUUUAAUUUCAUCCCGGCCUUCAGCAAAGCUCCGGUUUUCUGCAAGAUUUCACUUCAAGUUUUCCAAGCAUCCAGCAUCAUUGGCUACAAGGGGCGCCGCCAAGGAUUGGAUCCCCAUGAAAGACAUUGAUAUUGCCCACCCCCAAAAAAAUAUGAGCUGGGCUCCUGGUACCCAGUGUGUAGCCAAGUGUGACAGCCGGAAAGCUAAACCUGGAGAGCUGGUUUACCACAAGGGAGAUAUUCUCACUAUAGUCGAUACAAGCACGAAAAAGGGCUUUUACAUCGCCAGACACAACAGCUCAGCAGAAGAGGGGCUGAUAAACUCCAACAAUGUGCGUGAGAGAGAGGCCCUACGAGUAGACCCCAGUCUCAGCCUCAUGCCUUGGUUUCAUGGGAAGAUCUCUGGGCAGGCAGCGGUGGGGAAGCUGCAGCCAGCAGAGGAUGGCCUGUUCCUGGUGCGAGAAAGCAUCCGCCAUCCGGGCGACUACGUCCUGUGUGUCAGCUUCUCCAACGAGGUCUUCCAUUACCGAGUGAUAUACCAGGACAACAAGCUGACAAUCGACAACAAGCAGUACUUCUACAACCUCAUUGACAUGAUUGAAUUUUACUCAAAGAAUAAAGGAUCCCUCACCACAACUCUGAUGAAGCCCAGGAAGAAACAAGGAGCUAAGUCAGCUGAGCAGGAGUUAUCUAAAACUGGCUGGCUGUUGGACAUUACGAAGCUUACGCUGGGAGAAAACAUUGGAGAAGGAGAAUUUGGAGCUGUUUAUCAGGGAGAGUACAUGGGUCAGAUGGUGGCGGUGAAGACCAUAAAAUGCGACGUUACAGCCCAGGCCUUCAUGCAGGAAACUGCUGUUAUGACGAAGUUGCAGCAUAAAAACCUUGUGCGGUUGCUUGGGGUCAUCCUUCACAAGGGGCUCCACAUUGUCACUGAGCUUAUGACCAAGGGAAACCUUGUGAAUUUUCUCAGGACAAGAGGGCGAUCUGUUGUAAACUCUGCUCACCUGCUGCGCUUUGCUCUUGAUGUGUGUGAGGGCAUGGAGUACCUGGAGUCAAAAAAGAUGGUUCACAGAGAUCUGGCAGCACGAAACGUCCUGAUCUCUGAUGAGAGCGUGGCAAAGGUCAGUGACUUUGGCCUGGCAAAGGUGGACUCCAAAGAGCUGGACAAAGCCAAGCUGCCGGUCAAAUGGACCGCUCCUGAAGCUCUCAGGAAAGAGAAGUUCUCCACAAAGUCAGAUGUGUGGAGUUAUGGUGUCCUUUUGUGGGAGAUCUUUGCGUAUGGUCGGCAGCCGUACCCUAAGAUGACUCUGAAAGAGGUGAAGGAGAAAGUGGAGGGAGGAUAUCGCAUGGAGGCUCCAGAGGACUGUCCUCCUAAUGUUUACUCUAUAAUGAAGCUCUGUUGGGAGCAGGAGCCGCGGAAAAGACCUGGUUUUUCCAAAUUGAGGGAAAAACUUGAACAAGAACUCAGUAGAAUGAGCCCUAACUCUGUGUCGAGGUCUCAAGAAGCAGUAAAGAUGGGGUCAAGAAGCUGAGUUCUGCAGUUUAACCUGGAUCAGAGAAGCGCCAGCCAUUCUGAGCACAUGCUGCAGUUGAAAAAACAUGUUUAAGACUUCAUUCCUCUCUGAGAUAAAGACUCUCAAACGGGUUUUAUUUAUGGAUCGAUAAAAAUACUCAGACAAAUGAUGAAGAUAAGCAAACCUACAUGUAUAAGACUAAUAUAUGAUCAUGUUCCACAUCUCUUUAUUGUGUCGUGACAUUUUUAUUUGUAUCAGCUAUUUGGGAGGUGCGGUGACACUCUUUGGUCCAAAUUUAGUCAUCUCAGAAACUUCAGAGCAGAUUCCCCAAGAACAGAUUUUUUUUUUUUUAAGCAGGUGUUAAAACAGCAGCUAUUGACCAAAGUGUAAUAAACGAAAUUAGCACAAAUGAAAAUGAAGCAACACAAAAAGAUAAUAGUAGAUGACAGAGAAAUAAAUGGUCCAUACACUUUAUUAUAUUUAGAAAAGAACACUCUUCAAUCUUUAUUUAAUUUUAUAUCUUUAUAUCUGUGCUUUAACAGUCUCUACUGUUUUAUUUUCAGUAGAAGCCAAACGUUUCCUAUGUUCUAUGGCUGAUUAGGCUGAUAAAGGGGUUAAAUUUACUGUCAGUUAGGCUGAAAGUGUUUGCACGACAUAACUGUGAGAGGGUCAGAUAAAUAUCAUACAUGUAAAAGGGUGUGUGUGUGAAUUAUACAGUGAAGGCAUGAUCUACUAAAAGUUUGCUGAUAUAGAAACACAUCCAAACUUCUUAACACGCACAAAGCAAAUCUACUAACUGGGUGCAGAAGGAGAAUAGCAGGUUAAGGUUUGCCUUCAUGAAUGUACAGAAUCUAUUAUUUUUGUCGGAAAAAAGCUAAAUACUGCAUAUGAGGAUAUGCAGAUCUAAUCAUUUAGCAUCAGCAAUGAGAUUUAUCAAGCAUGAAACUGAUUACUGUUCGUAUUUGUAGCUCUAUAUUUAGCAUAUUUUAUAUGGCAAGACAAGAGCAAACUGGCAGAGCUUUAUGAAGACAUGGCCUCUGUGGCGAGAAGACAGGCAUGAUGAGAGACAAUUAUUAGAAAGACUGGACUAUCAGGAAUAAAAAUAAUAGGGAGAUGUCUAUUAAUCAU